AUGGAUAGUGAUGGAUGUCGUUUAUAUGCCUUCUGUGGUCCAAGAUGUACAAUUGAACGACAUGCUAUGUAUUGUAAUGUUACUACUCCUCUAACCACUACUUCCUUUGAAUGGUCUACUGUAACGACAUCAGUUCCUCCCUCUUCCACUUCACGUACUGGCUGUGUUUCUCCUUCUUACCCUCCCCUACAGCCUGGACAAAGAUACAAAUUAUCCAACUGUACAGAACUCAUCUGUAAGGGAGACAACAAGGUAGAACUAAUUCGAACACACUGCCCACCUCUAAAGGAAAUUACGUGUGCGAACAAAUAUCCGGCAGUACUGGUACCUGAUGAAAACGGCUGCUGUUACCGCUAUGAGUGUCAAUGUGUGUGCAGUGGAUGGGGUGAUCCUCAUUAUAUUACUUUUGAUGGAAUCUACUACACUUUCCUUCAAAACUGCACUUACGUCCUGGUGAAACAGAUUGUACCUAAGUAUGACAACUUCCGUGUUUAUAUUGACAAUUACUACUGCAAUGCGGAAGAUGGACUUUCCUGCCCUAAAUCCAUUAUUAUUUACUACAAAUCUGCAAAAGUGCUGCUGACUCGUGAACUCAGGAAUGGUGUGAUGACCAACGUGAUGUACUUCAACGAAGUGAUUGUCAAACCAGGCUUCAAAAAAGAUGGUAUUUCUUUCUCCACACUUGGCAUCAAUAUGAUUGUUGAUAUACCAGAGAUUGGUGCAACCAUCACCUUUAGUGGGCUGAUUUUCUCCGUGAAACUCCCAUACAGCAAAUUUGGAAACAACACCGAAGGACAGUGUGGAACAUGUACAAAUGAUAAAUUAGAUGAAUGCCGCUUACCAAGUGGUAAGAUCAUUUCUUCCUGUCCCCAAAUGGCUCAUCACUGGAUCGUUGCUAACAACAAGUCAUGCCAUGGAGUACCGCCUCCAUCACAUAUAACCACACCUCCACCAAAGCCUCCAUGUGAAACACCUCUCUGCAACCUAAUCUGGAGCAAGUAA